AUGAGCAGAGAACAGCUGAUCAGGAAGCAGUACCCGUUACAUUGGGCUGUAUUCCGCAAGGACUGUGAAGAGCUGAUGGAGCUGUUGGAAGACGACAGCUCAGAGCAGUUCAUCAAUAAACUGGAUGUACGAGGUAGAACCCCGUUGAUGUUAGCCGUAACGUUAGGACAUGCGGAUUGUGCGAAGGCAUUACUGGAGAAGGGUGCCGAUGCAAAUAUUCAGAAUGCAGAUAUGUGGUCAGUUAGUCAUGAGGCGAUAUGUAGUGGAGAUGCGGAACUGCUUCGUUUAAUCUUAAAAUAUCGUGAUUACCAAAGAGCUAUCCGUACGAAUCAUGCUACUGAGCGUUUGCUACGAUUGUUAAAGGUUUCAGUUCUUUGGACUUGUAACCUUAUCCUGAUUGUUGGAUUAUCUGUUGUUUACUAG